AUGCUUUCAAGUCUCAAGAUCUUUGGCCUUGUCUCACUAUAUCGGUUGAUCAAUGCACUCACAAUUGUAACGUUCUUUCAACCGGACGAGUUCUACCAGGCGCUAGAACCUGCCCACAAGCUUGUGUAUGGGUAUGGCUACAUAACAUGGGAAUGGCACGAGGGACUCCGUUCGUCGCUUCAUCCGUGGAUCUACGCUAUAGCUUAUAAGCUUCUUGGUGCAUUGGCCCCAGGACACGAGGAAUGGACAGUUUAUCUAGCUCCAAAACUAGUGGGUGCUCUAAUGGCUGCUGUGGGGGAGACUUACCUAUACAAACUCGCUUUGGCGUAUACUGGGAGCGUACAAAUAGCUAUGUUGGCGUUGGCAGCAAGUCUUUGUAGUGGAUGGAACUGGUUCUUCAUUACUAGAGCGUUCUCAAAUAAUUUGGAGAUGGUGCUUACAACUAUCGGCUUGGCUUAUUGGCCAUGGAACAGACCUAAUGGUAGCAUCGUAAGGAGCUGCGUUUUUGGCUUCUUGAGCUGUAUAGUUCGUCCUACAAAUGCUCUACUUUGGGGUUUUAUGGGAGCCAGCUACGUGAUCAGGAACUUACAUCAACCUAUGCUUCUUAUGCUGGUCGGACUGUCUCUUGCGACACUUCUUGCUGUGGUUGGUGCAGUGGCUGCAAUUCCAGACAUUCUUUUCUAUGGCAAAGCUACGUUUCCGUUGUACAACUUCAUCGAAUUCAAUGUGGUCAAGAACUUGCUGAUUUUCUACGGAAGCGCUCCAUGGCAUUUUUACCUUUUCCAGGGACUUCCUUUGCUUCUCUUGGGGUACUUACCACUCUGGGCGAUAGCCAUGUGGCGGUUCAAAAAAAAGCUAUUAGUGCUCACGUCAUUGUUUGUGAUUAUUGCCUUCUCGUUGAUUGCCCACAAGGAGUUUCGCUUCAUCUACCCAUUGUACCCUAUCUGUAUGGUGCUCGUUGCGCAAGCGAGCAAACCGCUACUAGGAAAACGCUACUUCAAAGUCGUUGUAGCGGCCAUCUUGAUAUUGCAUCUGGCGAUUGCUUUCUUCUUUACCAGAAUCAACGAACAGGGGGAGAUUGCUGUGGUGGACGUGCUCAGAAACGAUCCCCAGGUUUCCUCCGUCGGUUUCCUUACCCCCUGUCACUCUGUGCCCUGGCACUCUUCCUUCCACAGACCAGAUCUCAUAAACAACAUGUGGAUGCUCACCUGUGAACCACCAUUACACUUGGCCAGCGGAAACUUGGAGGACGUGCUACAAUAUAGAGACGAGCUGGACCAGUUUUUUGACAACCCGCUACAAUUCUUGCGUGAACAUUUGGGCACAAUUCUGCGGCCGUGGCCGUCACACUUAGUGAUGUUCGAACCUACUGAGCGAGCCAUUGCAGACUUCCUAAAAUACACCACUUACCGUGAGUGCCGUAGGAUUUUCAACAGUUACUUCCACUGGGACCCUCGUCGGUCGGGCGAUAUUGUCAUUUACUGUAAAGAGAUGAAAGCUCCUUCAAGUUUAUGGAAAAUGCCCAAAUAA